AUGGCUGAUCAGCAGUUCAACGUUGCCAUUAUCGGAGCAGGCAUAGGUGGACUGGCCCUUGCGAUUGGCCUGUCUCACCGAGACAUUCCAUUCACUAUCUACGAGUCCGCCCCUGCGUUCUCAGCGAUCGGUGCCGGUGUUGGGCUUGGCCCGAAUGCCCUUCGAGCCAUGGAUCUCAUCGACAAGCGGUUCCGCGAUAUGUACAUGGGCAUCGCAACCGGAAACCUCAGGCCCGAGAAGAAGCAUGUCAUGAUGGAGGCGAUGCGCAUGGAGGAAGGCUUGGGUGAAGGGGAGAGUUGGUGGGGCCACGGCGAAUGGGGAGCACCGUAUUUCGAGAGGACCGGCGCUCACAGGAAGGACCUUCUGGAUGUCAUGACGGGCUUCAUUGACAGGGAUGCUGUCUGCUUCGGCCGGACCGUUGCAAGCAUCGAGCAGAGGGACGAUCAGGUCACCUUGACCUUUGCUGAUGGACAAGUAGCGAUCCACGCCGCGGCGGUCGGCUGCGAUGGCAUCAAGGGCCUCACGAGACGUGCGGUUCUUGGUGGUCGAUAUCCGCAACAUGUCGAGCCGCAAUACACGCACAAAUACGUUUAUCGGACGGUCGUUUCCAUCGAGGAUGCAAAAGACAUGCUCGGAGAUCUGGCCACCGACGCGAAGAUGUACAUGAGCAAAAACGUGAACAUGUCGACGUAUCCCAUCAGCGGCGGCAGGGAGGUGAACGUCGUUGCGUUCGUGCGCGACCCCGAGCCCUGGCGCCACGCCGGAAACACACACCACGUAUCGAAGCAAGAGAUGAUGGCCGACUUUGCCGACAUCCCCGUCGACAGCCGGCUGCUGCGACUCUUGGAGCGCACCCCCCCAACCCGCUGGGCCCUCUUCGACCACCCCACCACGCCCACCUACCACGCCGCCCUCCUCUGCCUGCUCGGCGACGUCGCCCACGCCAGCACCCCCCACCAAGGCGCCGGCGCCGGCCAGGGCCUCGAAGACGCGCUGAUCCUGACGCGCGCACUCGCCGCCGUGCCGCGGUCUGCGCUCUCCGUCGCCUCGCCCGCCCGCUCGCGCGCCCUCGAAGCGGCAUUUCAAGCCUACGACGAGGUGCGGCGCCCGCGGGCGCAGCGGCAGGUGCGCACGGCGCGCGAGUGCGGGGAGGUGUAUAAUCUAAGGGAUUCACAGGGGGCGGAGUGCGGGGUUGAGGAGGCGUUGGGGGAGCUGGGGGGGCGGUUUGAGUGGCUGUGGGGUCAUGAUUUGGAGGGGGAUGUGCGGGCUGUGGAGAGGCGGGUCGGGGAGCUGGUGGGGUGUGUGUAGGCGCGUCUGAUUAGCGACUGGGCGGGUUGUGUGAUCUGAGUCGUCUUGUUGCAGCCGAUGGGCUGCAGGGGUAUGACGGGAUUGCUCCGUUCAAGCGUGUACACUCGGAUGAGAAAAGGCGUGUGUUGGGAGUGGAAGUGGAGUUUGCUGGGAGAAUACACGGGAGGGUAUACACGGAGGUAUAUACGGGAUGAUACACAGGAGGAUUACACACGGGAAGGUAUACACAGGAAAGUUGUACACAGGAUGGUUGUACACAGGAGGUUAUAUACAGGAUGGUACACAGGAGGGUUAUGCACAGAACGACUAUACACCGAAAGGCAUCAAACACGCAAGGACAGACAGAGCGAAUACAAGCGCGCCCUGGAGGCCGCCAUCCAAUACUCAACCCUCCUGCUCUCUGCCGUCUGCCAGCUUACCCACCCUCCCUCUCGUGCCCGACCGCUUCACCCGCCCCCGC